AUGCAGCAUUGUCUUCCCUCAGCCUCGCUGCUGGGCGUCUUCUGCAAGAUCUCCACGCAGCUGCCCAACCUGGUCGUCGGCCAGCUGUCCGCCGAGACGGCGCUGCGCGCCAUGAAGCGCGGCAUCCGCGCGGAGAACAUCGUCCGCUACCUGGACAGCGCGGCGCACCCGCGCGCGCGGGAGCGGCGGGAGGACGGCGGCCUCGCCGUGCCCGGGAACGUCCGGAGCCAGCUGGAGGUGUGGGAGAGCAGCCGGUCGAGGAGCCGAGCAGAGGGCGGCCGUGUUCGAGUGGGCCGCCGACGGGUCGGAGGCGGCGGAGUUCGAGCUGGCGCGCGCCCGCGCCGCGGAGCUCGGCGGCCUGCUGUGGGCCUCGCCAGGCGCUGA